GAGCCGCUGUGGAGGGAGACGCGGGGAGGAGCGGGAGAACACGGGGGCCCGGGUCGCCAUGGAGUCGCCCUCGGCGAGGAGGGAAAUAGCGGACGACGAGGCCGCGGCGGACGUCCUCGCAACGUCGCCCGGACGAUCGUGAAGAGGGCCCGGUACCCCUCCACCUUGGGGUAGGGAAAAGCGACGAGGGAAGAAGAAGUAGGGUGGACACGCGGAGGGGAGACGCGGGGAGGGAGACACGCGGAGGGGAGACGCGGGGAGGGAGACACGCGGAGGAGAGACGCGGGGAGGGAGACUAAGAACCGUGGGCCGCAUGUAAUUGCAUCAUCACCACCAUCAUCAUCAUCACCACCACCAUCACCACCAUCAUCAUCAUCACCACCACCAUCAUCAUCAUCACCACCAUCAUCAUCAUCACCACCAUCAUCAGCAUCUUCCGUCUCUUCAUCACCAUCAGCACCCCCAUCGUCAUCAGCAGCAGCAGCAGCGGGAUUAGCGUUGCUGCUGCUGAAUUGGAAUAACAAUGUCUUCGGUCCGGGAGACGGGCGCGGUUCAGCAGCAGCAUCAGCAGCAGCAGCAUCAGCAGGCGCAGCAGCAGCAUCAGCAGCAGGCGCAAUUCGUGGGACCUUACCGCCUGGAAAAGACGCUGGGCAAAGGACAAACUGGGCUCGUCAAGUUGGGGAUCCACAGCGUGACCGGACGCAAGGUGGCCGUGAAAAUCGUGAACAGAGAAAAGCUCAGCGAAUCCGUCCUCAUGAAGGUGGAGCGCGAGAUCGCGAUCCUGAAGCUCAUUGAGCACCCGCACGUCCUCAAGCUCUACGACGUCUAUGAGAACAAGAAAUACCUGUACCUGGUACUGGAGCACGUGUCUGGCGGGGAGCUGUUCGACUACCUGGUGAAGAAGGGCCGGCUCACGCCCAAGGAAGCGCGCCGGUUUUUCCGGCAGAUCAUCUCAGCCCUCGACUUCUGCCACAGUCACUCCAUCUGUCACAGGGACCUCAAGCCGGAGAAUCUGCUGCUGGACGAGAAGAACAACAUCCGCAUCGCCGACUUUGGCAUGGCGUCGCUGCAAGUCGGGGACAGCCUGCUGGAGACGAGCUGCGGGUCCCCCCACUACGCGUGCCCUGAAGUCAUCCGCGGGGAGAAGUACGACGGGAGGAAGGCCGACGUCUGGAGCUGCGGGGUCAUCCUCUUCGCCCUGCUCGUGGGCGCCCUGCCGUUUGACGACGACAACCUGCGGCAGCUGCUGGAGAAGGUGAAGCGAGGAGUGUUCCACAUGCCGCACUUCAUUCCCCCCGACUGCCAGGCCCUGCUGCGUGGCAUGAUCGAGGUGGACGCCGAGAAGAGGUUGCAGCUGGAACAGGUUCAGAAGCACUCGUGGUACUUGGUGGGCAUCAAGAACGAGCCGGAGCCCGAGCGGCCGGCGCCGCGCCGCGUGGCGCUGAGUGCGGCGGCGGCGCUUGGCGGCGCCGAGGCCCUGGACCCGGACGUCCUCGACUGCAUGCACUCCCUGGGCUGCUUCCGCGACCGCGACAAGCUCACGCACGACCUGCUGUGCGCGCAGGAGAACCAGGAGAAGAUGAUUUACUUCUUGCUGCUCGACCGCAAGGAGCGCUACCCCAGCCAGGAGGACGAGAACCUCCCCCAGCGCAACGAGAUCGACCCCCCGCGCAAGCGGGUCGACUCGCUGCUGCUGCACCGCCAGGGCAAGUGGCGCCCCGAGCAGAAGUCCAUGGAGGUGCUGAGCGUGACGGAGCGCGACGGCUCGCCCGUGACGGCGCGGCGAGCCCUACAGAUGGCGCAGCACGGGCAGAGGUCUCGCUCCGUGAGUGGAGCCUCCUCGUGCUUGGCCUCCAGUCCCAUCAGCAGUCCCAAGGUAAAUCUCCGCGCGGCCCACCCACCGUCACCACCAGCGCCGGCGUCAGCAGGACGGACGCCAAAAAAUAAAUAUGCGCUGUCCCCGGCCAACACCCCCCCCUCCAGCCCCAGCGUGGGCGCCGGCGGGGGCGGAGGGGCGCUCUGGAGGAACCGGCUGCACUCGUUCAAGCACACCUUCCUGGGCUCGCCGCGCUUCCACCGCAGGAAGCUGCAAGUUCCCACGCAGGAGGAGAUGUCAGGCCUCACCCCGGACUCCUCACCCGAGCUGGCCAAGCGCUCGUGGUUCGGUAAUUUCAUCGGCGCCGAGCGGGAGGAGCAGGUCCUCAUUGUGGUGCGGGACAAACCCAUCAGCUCCAUCAAGGCCGACCUCGUGCACGCCUUCCUGUCUAUCCCCAGCUUGAGCCACAGCGUGGUGUCACAGGUGAGCUUCCGCGCCGAGUACAAGUGUACCGGAAGCCCCGUCGUCUUCCAGAAGCCCGUCAAGUUCCAGGUUGACAUCACCUUCUCCGGCGGAGGGUCUGGCCACAAGGAGGGAAUUUACUCCGUGACCUUUACCCUCAUCUCAGGACCCAACCGGAGGUUCCGCAAGGUGGUGGAGGUGAUCCAGGCGCAGCUUGUCCACUCCCACGACCAGCCGUGCGUGCAGCAGCUCAGCGAUGAGCGGAGUAAUGGCCGGGGCGCUCCGGGCACGGGGGGGACGCCGGUGCACCACCACCACCACCACCAACAACAACAACAACCACCACCACCCCGGCGCUCUCAUGCCGACAACAACGGAGGCAGCAGCUCGAGCUGUGGGGGUGCUGUCGGUGGGGGAGGAGGCGAUGCAGGGGAGGAGUCGGAGGGGGGAGCGCUCGGAGGCGCCGAGGGGCCACACUGCUCCACCUCGUACGGUGGUGGCGCUGUGGCACAGACCCCGGCCACACCGGCCAAGAGGGCGUGAGGGUGGCCACGCGGAGUGGACUGCUGCUGCUGCUGCUGCCAAAGGCCGGCCACGAGCUCAGCCGGAGAGACACUCAGCCGGAGAGACACUCAGACAGACAGACACUCAGACAGAUAGACACGCAGACAGACAUUCAGACAGACAGACACUCAGACAGACACUCAGACAGA